AUGUCACUUUUGCACCACGAGGGUUAUGAACUUGAGUCUCUGUCUUCGAGCAAGACAACCGUGUUACGCCUGAUUAAAGAAAUGUCAAGAUUUCGUCUGUAUGCCGCCAAGAGAGUGCUUCGGGAAAUUGGAUGCCACAGCAGUGUCCACGGGAUGCAUUACGUCGUCAAAGGCUCAUUGGCAUCAAGGAUCAUUUGGAGCUUCGCGAUUCUCGUCUCGGCUUCAGUGAUGGUGACAUUCACGAGCAUUUUGUGGAUGAUAUAUUUGUCGGGGAAAUCCGAGGUAGCCCUUCUGUCUACGCGGGACCCUGCGUACAAAAGGCACUUCCCUGCGGUUUACGUGUGUCCCGAGCCUUCAUUCAAGAAACACGUUAUGCGUGAAGCCCUUCACAAACUGCUGAAUUCGUCAACACCACUUUCAAAACGGCAAAUGGAUGCUGCUGAUUAUCUGGCCCAGUCAUUGGGCGAUUCUUGGUACCACCGAUGGCCUUAUUUGAAGAGUUCACUCGAAGCCGUGCGCCGCUUACUCGGGGAAAACGCUGUAACCUUGUUAGACAAUCUGAACCUGGAGUCUAUCAUGCUCGAGAGAGGUAUCGGGAUCCGUGACGUGGCUUUUUCCUACAGCAAUGAAACUUCAGAGAACGCGACUUGCAAUCCACGCAUAAGUGGGAUGGCAGGUGAUGGAACGGGCGUGUAUGUUGUAUUCAACCAAUCUGGAUCUGCUCUGAGAAGCGGUGCUAGUAAUGUUUGGGUAGGCACUUCGUCCCCGUUCAGCCAACCAGCUCUGUCCAGCGACACCAUGUUGACUAUCGCGCCUGGGGAAGGGGCACAAGUCAGAGUGUCUGCCGCAGGCGUCACAGUGUCUUCAGGAUUCACAAGGAUACCGGAGGCAGUCCGACAGUGCUAUUAUGAGCAAAACGGCUCACUAAAAGCCAGUUACUCCGCAGUGAAGUGCCUGUCGAGUCGGUACUUCGAUGAAGCGAUGAGGGUCUGCGGUUGUGUUCCAGCAAGCCUGUUGCACGUUAAACAGUUAGGCAGUGGCGCUAAACCCUGCAACUUUACCAGCAUGUCAUGCGUGUAUGAACUGAGCAAUGACAGAGCUCUAAAAAGAGCUGCAGCUACGACUUGCAUUGAAUCGUGUGAAAUGAAAUCAUAUACGUACGGUGUCAAGAAGCGCCUCUUGGACAUGGAUCAGAGUCAGAUCUGCGCCGAGUGCUUUCAGCUCAGCGUCUUUCAUGGCGAUUAUGCGAGAGGCAUCUUCCACGAGCGACGACAGACGAUGGGUCUCUUCGCCAUUUUAUGUACGCAGUCUUUCAGAUUGGUUGCAGUGUAA